GUAAAACUUUGGUUAUUAUGUGGGCCUAUGAGCCAUAAUAAAAUGAAGGGAAAUUUGUCCACAGGACACUGCGAAAGCAUGAUUUUGUGUAGAACAUACUGUCAAAGUCGAUUUAGUUUCUCGCACACCACCAAAGCACUAUUUGGUCUAUCGCACAUUGUAUCCCAUAAACUAUUCAUUAUCAACUGUGAGGUUAGAUAAUAGGACUUUUUGCCCUUCGCUGUUGUCGUCGUCUUCCUCACCUCUCUUCUUCUCUCUUCGCCUUUCCGGCUUGAGCAGUGCUGCCGUUGCGACGACCACCGCCGUCAGGAGGACGAUGGCUCAUCGUCGAACGGCGCCAGCCCGCUGCUCCUGACUCUCGGGCCUGUCGGCCCGGCCACCGACGACCGCCGCUGCUCCUGUGUCAUCGCACCAGCGCCGGCCACGAUGUCCGUCCUGCGCGGCUCCCAGUACCUGAAGCCGGCGCAGGAGCAGCUGGGUGAGGUGGUGCGCAUGGCCGACCUGGCGGCUGGCGCGGGCGACGAGGAGGCGGCCACAGACAAGCAGGAGCGGCUCGAUGCCGGCGGUCACCACCGGGCGGCGCGUCGCGCGGCCAUGAACAACGGCGACGGGAUCCAGGCCAAGCUCCUCGGCCUGCUCAGCGAGCUGGAGAGCCGGCAGGAGUGCUACAUCGGCGAGCUGGGGCGCGUGGCGGCGUCGUUCGAGCCGGCGCUGGGGGACGGCGCGGCGUCCGCCUACACGUCCCUUAUGGCGCAGGCCAUGGCGCCGACCGCCGCCACUCCCCGCGCGGUGCUGCACAUCGGCGCCGGAGAUCCCGACCAUGCCGUCCAACCCUGAAGUCCCGUUGCCGCAGCCGCCGGAAGUGGAGCCGCCGAGGCCGCCGCCGGAGGUGGAGCCGCCGCACCCCGGAUCUGCUCCCGCGCGCCGACCGCCGGUGCUCCCGCACGCCGACCGGCGCCGCUCCCCUGUGCCGGCCGCGCGAGCCGACCACAGCUGCUCCCCUGAGCUCCGCGGCGAGGAGGUGGACCCGGCCAUCCGCUGCGAGCUCGUGGACGACGAGACCACGCCGGAGAACACCGUGCCCCGUGCGCUCCGAGGCGGCGGCGGCGGCCGUCCCAGCCCCAGCCCCAGGUUUUGCUCCUCCACCGUGAAUGGAUAAGGAAUCGAAAGGAUAAGGUCCCGGUGGAGGAAAUACAUGGGGUAUUUUAGUCUUUUCAGGUCAUAUUCUUUCACCAUUCAGAUUGAAAAUGAGUUGUUUAAUGGAGUCAAUGUGCCACACACAAAAUUUUCCACUCAAGGUGUGCUGCAGACUAAUUCAGGGAGUAGAAUGUGCAACGCAUAAAAUCACGCUUUAAGAGUGUUCUGUAGACAAAUUUCCCUAAAAUGAAUCAGGUGGAGAUGCUCUCCCCCGUCCACCCUAAAAAAACAUGCUUCUUUUUCCUUUUAUUCCAAUAAUUCGACAAUCGAAUAUCCAAUUCAGGAACAGUUAAUGCGGCUAGAUUGCUCAUAUUCUCCUGCACAUUUUGAGAUCCAUUAUAAAUAUAUUUUUUAGAAAUAUUUUAAAUUUAUAAAUUUACACAAAUCAAUCCAAAUCCAAAUAGGAUUUCGGACAAUUAAUACCUCGUACAGUCAUAGUGCGCCUUAUACACUAAGUUAAAAGAGCACAAAAUUUAUGAUCUCAUGUAGAUCUGAGUAAAAUUUAUAUUAAUCGUAGUAACGCACAAGCACUGUUCUAGUCUAUACUAUAAAAGUUGAAACAAUUGAAACCCUUUUUCAUCAAGAUUAGGCCCACCGUACCCUUCACGGAGGUCCUACUUGUCAGCCCAAAGGUUUGACGAAAAAAGGUGUAGACCCACGAAAUUGAUAGAAGGAAAAUAUUUCCACCAAAAUCCUAAUACAUUUUACACCAAACACUUUUACCUACCCAUCUUUGCACCCACUUGUUACUUUCCAUUGUAUAGAGAUGAGGCAACCAUAAUUUUUGGUAAGACAUCCUAAAAUCUCUCGUUUUAUUUCCUUAUUGUUGUGAGCUGAUUAACCCUCUUUUGUUUUAUCUUCCUUUUGUGUUGUGCGCUGGUUGAUUGAGUGCCAAACCUUCCAUUUGUGUUGUGCGCUGGUUGAUUGAGGACUUUUGUGCUCCGUCAGGUGCGCCGCUCCCACGCUCGACCGAGAUUGGCUCGUGGAUAGCCAUCACACUAUCACCGGGCCGCCUUCGCGAGCGCCCACUGCAACAUGCUGUCGUCGCGAUGGCCGACUGCCCCAGGCAAGUGCCGACCUUCAUCUUUGAUCUUGGAUUCAUUAAAUCAGCGGUGAGGAUGCCACCCCCUCCCCCGUUGCACCUUGGCCAUGGUGCAUGUUUUCUCCAUGGCGUCCAAGGAUUUGUCUAGCGAUGUUUGUUUUUUGUUUUGCUAACUACCGUCGAGAUCGCUGACCUCCAUCUUUGUUCUUUGUUUUAUUAAAUUAGGGCCAAACUCUGCACGCUCCCAACGGCAUUUGCUGGAAAGUAAUUCGUAAUAGUAGAUUGCCAGGUUUUGAGGAGAUAAGGGUGUAUAAUGUCUGGUUUUGGAGUCAAAAAUAUAUAUUUUAAAAAAAUUGGCGACAAAUUAGGGGGACAAAAUGGACUUUUCUCUCUUUUCUUUUAACACGUGCGUCUCUGCUAGUGAUAAAAAGAGCAUAAUAUAUCCUAAUUAUUCCAUAGUUUGAAUUAGUCAUGGUCAAAUUUGGCGCGGUCCAAACCUACUGGGCUAAACCUAGCCCAUGGAUCCACUAAGGCCGAGGAGCAUGGGUAAACAAGGCUGCAAAAAAUCAGCCCAGCCCAAUACCAAUUUAGUACUUUAUUUGUGUUUGAAAAAAAUGAAUAGGCAGCCCAAUCGUAACAUAGGCUUAGUAAACACAUACUAUUCCUAGUUAUGUUCGGAGAUGAAAUACACAUUGGCUGGGCUUUAUCACAUGUGAGGGUAGCUCAGUCGACUAAAUCCUCAUGUUGGAGUCUGUUUACUCGGGGUUCGAGACAUUGACAGCAUGGUUUAGGUUUAGGUGAGCGUAAAUCAGUUUCAUUCGAUCUAAACCCUAAAUUUUAAGUUUUUUUUGAAAACUAAGUUUAAUUUUAUUUUAAACUUUGUUUUCUUUAGAUCUAAUCCAUAUAAGUUCAAAUUCUUUGCAGAUAAUCCUUGGAACCUUGUUUUAGCAGUAAAUUCUUUGUUUUAACUCUGAUUUAGUUGAUUCCUGUACUCACCUGAUCCUUGUGAUGAGUAAAAUAAUUUUAUA